GCUUUAUUAGAACUUAUUCUACCGCGAACUGCAGGAGUCGUGUAGUUUAGGCUUGUCAACACUUUUAUCAAUGCUAAUUCACUUGCUAGACCCCUUAGACACAGACAGGCAAAGUUCAGAUCUAGACAAAAAAAUGUUACCUUGUAUAGUCAAACAAAGUAAUGAAUAUUUGUACAGAAUUAUGCCUUUCUGGAGGAGGUACUGUUUAUGUGUCUGAAUGGCUUGAGGUGCUUUCAGAACGCAGGAAAAUGGCAGUUUGAGAGCACUAAAUUUCAAAUUUUCUUGGGGGAGCAUGCCCCCAAACCCCCCUAGUUUAGUUGGUGCAAAUCACUCAUGUAAAAUCGUGGAUCCACCCCUGUUUGCAUAAGAAAAGAGUUCAACUCCCACAGAACUAGUUUGGGACACCAACAUGGCCGCCGUUUCUUUGUUUUGGGACACCAAUAUGGCCGCCGUGACGUCAUGUGAAAACACUCUAUUUACGGACUCUGUGUCCGCUAUAAAGGGAGUUGACUGUACAAGCAAACAGAUGGAGAACUGAAGGGAUAGACUGCGGAGCGGUAGGUCGCUGGUUCGACCACCCAGCCUUACGACAAAUUUUCGCCUUUUUUGCUAGAGAAGACUCCCAAUCGAUGCACUCUUCUGCACAUUUUAUUCUGUAGGAAUGCAGACUGUACCUUUGUGGCACUAAAUGUGACUUGAUUGUCUCGAACGAAAACCGAAGAGAUGUUUCCUACAAUGAAGCUAUGCUAUAUGGUCGAAGUAAGUUUACUAAAAAAGUUUGAAAAUUUGUGGUUUGCGCGCUAUUCUUCAAGUUUAACUAGCCCGAAGGACGUAUAAAACAUGAUACGGAAAUUUUCAUAUUCUAAAUUCCUGAACUUGGACACGGUCACGCUUUGGUUCAAUGCACUCUGGAAAAAGUCCCUAGCUAACAUAUGCCAAAUGUAUCGGAGAAAUUGAGCGAGGUGGGACAUGUAGCGAUGAAGUUUGAAAUCAUAUGAUAGCGCGAAUUCACUUUUUACGGGCGGAGGUCCCGUCUCUCAAUUUCUCCAACACAUUUGGCAAAUGUUGGGGAAUUUUUCUAGAGUGGAUUGAACCAAAGGACCGUUUCCAAGUUCAGGAAUUUAGAAUACGAAAAUUUCCCUAUCAUGUUUUAUACGUCCUUCAUAAAACGGAGCAAAACGUCACAAUAGAACGUUUCACAGUCGGUCCUUUUCGUUUAUGACGGCAAAGAAUGAAUGUACCAUAAAGUACAAAGUUGACGUUUUGCUUAUAAAAACUAUAUCGCUUUUCUGACGUUCUGGUAUCCGUCACCAUCGUAGUUUCCAAAUUAUUUUCCUGACGUCCCUUAUCUCCACUAAUUGAGCUUAGUAUUAGACUACAUUUUUAUUGCCCAGCUUAGCGGUUUUAUCGCUCGAUAACCUCAGGGUUCAAAGCUGUGGUCGUUGCCUAGUUAUUUCUUAUUUUUAUGUUUUGUUUUUUUCUAGAUAUAGGAGCCGGAAUAGUGGUUGAAACAUCGAGUAAAACAGGAGCGAAUGUGGGUUAGUAUUAUUUUGUUUGCUGCCAUUCCAUAAUGUAACUGAGGAAAUGCUUUGGACCUCGGCGUGUAGACUGCAAGCAGUCGCACUCGUGCUUUUUUCCUGGGACGAGGUGAUGCAACAUUACGCGAAGAAUGGGCAGGAGAGCGCCAGGAGGAGAAGAAGAAAACGUAGCUUUCACCUGUUCAUGAAUCUCACUUGCUACUUGGUUAAGUCCGCUCCCACAGAGUUAAGUACAUCAAUUGAAAACUAGUUUCAAAACAAUUUAUUUAUAUAUUACAAUUCAUGUAGAGUACUAAAGUUCGGUUUUCGUCCAUGCCAUCUGCUGGACGAAAACUAAAAGGCUUAUGGAUUCAUAUCAACAUUAUUAUGGGCAAUUCAGUGGAGUGUUUUAGAAGGCAGUUUUGUGGUGUGCAAAUACCAUUCACACAUUGCGUAAUACACGCUCUCGCUUAUUUUUGUAUUUGUGACUUUUCAGGAGAGCUGUUCGUAAAGAUAGCGAAAGACAUGAUAACAGAAACGGCAAAAGGUAUAGAAGGUUUGACGUUUUAGUUAUUUAAAGCCACCCAUCAUCAUCAUCAUCAUCAUCCUCCUCUUCUUUCUUCUCACCAUCAUUAUCACAAAUUAUGGGCAAGGAGAACAAAAACGUUAGUCGUGUCGUAACUAUUCUGAAAUAGGUCUCCGCAUUACUCCGUAUGCAGGUACUUUCGAGAAAUCCACAGAAAGGGUUGGACUGGAGUUUCCUUCUCAAAAUGGAAGCAGAACUUCUUGCAGAUGUAGUAGAUGACCGUCAGCAUACAAUACCUUGAAGAAAUCAUAAACGAACCAUCAGAUGCUGGCAUCGAAAAUGUAUUCGUCGCGCCCAUAAAGCCACACCAGAAGAGGAAUUUAAAUCAAGGCCUCGUACCCAUGAAACACGGAGUACAUUCUUCCUCUUCCAUGAGCUGAGAAUCCAAAAAUUGUCCUCCAGACGCAAGAUUGAAGAUUGUGAAACGAAAGCUGAACAACUUUGCCUGUGGAGAUCAUUCGAAGCCUUUACUGAUUUCAAAUUACCUUUUUUUGCACGGUUUGGUUUAAAAGUAAGCAGCCAUAAAUUUACACAAUUCUUACCGAGUAAGCCUCUCUUCGAUUCUAGGAACGCUUCGCAUCAAUAGGAUCUUCAUGAUCGACUCAGGAAGUGUUACACUGUAAAUCUUUGAUCAGUGAUUAUCGCGAGAUUUAUCAAAGAUCUAUUUACGGGCAAAUAAACGCAUGCGCGGCCUGAAGAACUUAAAAACAGACUGAAACAAGAG